GCAAAUUAAAGAGGGAUCGGAUUGGAACUCGAUCGGAAGGAAGGUCCUGCAGGCCGGCUGGCCGGUCGUCGAUCGAGGAACCAAGCUGCUGCUGCUGCUACCGGACGACACCAACCAUGAUACGGAGGACGACGGUGUGCCUAGGCCUGCUGCUUCUACUACUGGCGGCGUCGACUGCGACGGCACAUUUCUCGAUCGGCGACGUGGACGAGUACUUGAACAGGCGCACGCAGGAGUCCCGCCACAGGAACCACGGCGGCGCGCAGAUCAAUGACCUCAUCUCCAGUGCUGCGCGCUUCCACGCCAACGUGGAUGCACGCGCGUAUGGUCGCCGCUCCAACCUGCAGCUGCAGGAGGAGGAAGCAGCAGCUACCGCGGGGCGUGUAACCAAAGCAGAAGAACAGGAGGCUUCUACUCAAGGUGGAGAUUAACCGCCCAAUUAUUGCAAUUGCAAUUCUCAUCACCCAUUUAUAUUUUCUGCCAUCAUUUAUUCUUCUUUUACACGCGUACGUGUGCGUACCCCGAUCCCAUCCUUUUUGGAUUAUUAAGCAUUGUCGAUGGAUUACUUAUAUUACUCUCUCUUUCUCUAUGUGUAUAUAUAUAUGUAAGCAAGCAUAUUUGGAUGUUUUAUAAUAUAGAAAUAUUUUCUUACACCC